AUGCCUUCUGCAAAAGGUUAUAUCAAGAGUCACCCUGGCGGCAGCAAGUUCACGGCUACUUUUGUCCUCGAUGAGAUCAAUCAUCACUUCGACGGCAACCUGAAUCCCAAUGUACAGGAUUUCACAUCCAACGUGGCUACACUUGAAUAUGAAGACGUCGGACAAUUGACCGGCCAGCAACAAUUUAAUGGAAAGAUCGGCAUCUCUGAUAUCACGCUAAAUCUCGCAAAUGGCCCGAAAAUUGCGGGUUCUCUCACUAUGCCAGUAGACCCGGCAGUGACCGUUUCUGGAUCGGGUACUUGGUCAUCAAAGUCAUCCUAGAUUAUCUUCCACGUUAUGACGAGGGCAUUGGAACAGUGAUUAUGGGAUUAGUUGCCGG